AUGAUCCCACCCUUAGUCGAUGAGCUGAAGCUCCGGAAGAUUUGCCAAGAAAGCGCUGGAGCGAUGUGCAUCUUCACACCAAGCGUCUCAACGUAUCCCUUGAUGGUGAUCAAGUCAGAUGGAGGCUUUGGAUAUGACUCCACGGAUUUGGCCGCGAUUUAUCACCGAUUACUGGUGAUGAGGGCUGACUGGAUUGUUUACGUCACUGAUUUGGGCCAGGAACAACACUUCCACAUGAUCUUUGACGCGGCCGAGCAGGCUGGGUGGCACCGGCCGCCACUGACAAGGUGUGACCACAUGGGAUUUGGCGUGGUUCAAGGAGAGGACAAGAAGAGGCUGAAGACAAGGUCAGGUGAUACCGUGAAGCUCAGUGACUUGCUGGAUGAGGCUGUGCAAAGGGCAGCGUUUGAGGUCAGGAAGAAGGUUGAGGAGCAGCAAAAGGAGGGCGGCGAGGCUUUUUUGACUGAUCCCAAGGAGCAAAUGGAGGCGGCCGAACGCCUGGGCAUAGCUGCAGUGCGAUACUUUGAUAUGAAACAGAACAGGACCAGUAAUUAUGUCUUCAACUGGGACAGGAUGCUGGAUCCGAAGGGCAACUCGGCUGUCUUUCUCUUCUAUGCCUACGCCCGGAUUCGAUCCAUUCAGAGGAAAGCUGAAGCAAGUGGUGCUGGUGGUGCUGGUGGACCGAGUUCGUUCCAUGUGGAGGUGAUUGAUCCGGCUGAGAGGGAUUUGGCCAUGAAGCUUGUUCAAUUUCCGGAUGUCAUCGAAACCAUUUUAGGUGACUUGCACUUGCACCACUUGACAGACUAUCUCUGGGAGCUUUGCAAUAUACUAACGACGUUCUACGUGAAGUGCAAGGUCCUUGGAGAGGAGGCCCAAGACAGCAGGUUGCUUUUGUGCGAGGCCACACGGAAAGUGAUGCUGAAGGGUUUUGAGCUCCUUGGCUUUGUACCUUUGGAGAAGAUCUGA